AUGGCUGAGAGCUGGGAGGACAUCGACAAGCAGACGAAAAAGUCAGGGGGCGGGCUCAACCCCGCUGCGGCUUCCUUCAGCUUUAACCCAGCGGUCGCAUCGUGGAGCCCGGGAGGAGCGGCGCCGGCCCCCGCUGCAGCAGCAGCACCAGCCCCGAGCCCCAUGCAGUCAGCUCAGGCCAUGGCCGCCGACAAGGUCGGCGCUGUUGCCGAGGGCAUGCGAGAAGUCAGCAUAAGCUCCGCGCCCGCCGCGGCGGCAACCGCAGCAGGAACAGCAUCGGGUGGAGGGGGUGCGGAAGAGUCCAAGGACCAGUCCGAAGGCGUGGGUGACGGGGGUGACGCGGAGGAGAUGGACGAGAACGACCCCCUGUGGAAAGCGACGCUCCAGGUUGCGAACGGGGAUCGGGCCAAGGCCCUCAAGAUGCUGGAAGACCCCGAUGCCCUCAUGGCCAACCCCGAAGUCAACAAGAUCAUCGCGGAGGGAGCGGCAUCGGGAGACGCAGCCCUGGAGGUUGUGGAAGGGCAGUACCCGGAGCAAGCGGGGGGGGGCGUGGCUGCGGGGGGGGAGGGUGAGGGGAAGGCUGCCCGGGGGGAGCGGCGAAAGGGGGGCGACAACUACGGGGGGAAGAAGGAAGAGAAGGAGGAGGUGGUUGAGAAGGAGGCAACUGAUGAGGAUCCACGGGAGCACCUCAACCUCGUGUUUAUCGGCCACGUCGACGCCGGGAAAUCUACCCUAUCGGGAAACAUUCUGUACCUCACGGACUUCGUAGACAAGCGUACCAUCGAGAGGUACGAGAGGGAGGCUAAGCAGCGAAACCGGGAAUCCUGGUUCCUGGCGUUCAUCAUGGACACCAACGAGGAGGAGCGAGCUAAGGGGAAGACCGUUGAAGUGGGACGAGCACACUUCGACACGGAAUGCAAGAGGUACACGAUACUCGACGCCCCUGGCCACAACGCCUACGUACCUAACAUGAUCCAGGGUGCGGUCCAAGCGGAUGUGGGUAUUUUGGUGAUCUCUGCACGGAAAGGAGAGUUCGAAACCGGGUUCGACAGGGGGGGGCAGACGCGGGAGCACGCCUUGCUGGCUAAGACCUUGGGCGUCCGAUACCUGGUGGUGGUGAUCAACAAGAUGGACGAUCCUACGGUCAAGUGGGCGAAGGAGAGAUUCGACGAGUGCGUCACGAAGAUUAGGCCGUUCUUGCGGCAGCAGUGCGGCUACGCCGUGAAGAAGGAGGUCAAGUUCAUCCCCAUCUCCGGACUGUCGGGCGCCAACGUCAAGGAGCAGGUGGCGAACGACUUGUGUCCUUGGUGGGGGCCAAUGAUCAAGGCUGGGGACAACAACACCUCUGAGGGGACUCUCCUGGAGCUGCUUGACAAGCUGCACAUGGACGACCGGCACGCGGACAGACCGUUGCGAGUACCGGUCCUUGACCGUUACAACGACAGGGGGACCAUGGUGCUGGGCAAGGUGGAACAGGGCACUCUGACAGAGGGGACGCAGAUCAGCCUGAUGCCCACCGGACAGGUGUCGAAGGUAGACUCGAUCUUCAUUAAGGAUGAACGGGUGAAGAGCGCAAAGCCGGGCGAGAACGUUACGGUGAAGGUGGUUUGCAGCGACAGCGACGUCAUGAGGGGCUUCGUGCUCUGCUCCACCGUCCAGCCGUGCCACGCCGCCACGCUCUUCGUUGCCCAGAUCGCGCUGGUGGAGCUGACAGAGCAGAGACCGAUUUUUACCGCGGGGUACGACGCCAUGUGCCACUGCCACACGUGCGAGGAAGAGUGCACGGUGGUUGAGAUACUGAGCGUGGUCGACCGCAAGACCGGGGCUAAGAAGAGGCAGCGCUUCGCUAAGGAGGGAGCCAUGGUUACGGCCAAGUUCAAGGUGGAUCGCUCGAUGUGCAUGGAGUCGUUCGAGGAGAUGCCGCACUUGGGACGGUUCACUCUGAGAACGGAGGGGAAGACAAUCGCAAUCGGGAAGAUUCUCGCCGUGCAGAAGCCCGUCUCCAAGUAAUGCGGCGGCAGCAGCAGCAGGCAAGGCGUAGCACGAGGUGGUGGCCCUGCGAUGUAGCAGGAGGAGGCAGAGGCGACUGUUUCCUGUCGGACAGCCGCCAAUGAAAUGAAGUUGAACGUCGGACAGGCAGCCAAUGAAAUGAACUUGAACGAAGCCUCCCGUGCCUCUUACCGAGUGGUCUGCCGGAGAGUUGUUCUGAUGCCCAUGAGACCAACGAGUGAGUGGCUAGUGGUCAAGGCCUCGAGAGUGGCUGCUGAACAGCCCGACCCACGUGUUUCCCGUUUGCUUAAAGUGCUAUGAUUUGACAAGCAAUAUGAAGGAUCGAUCCGUUGAGAUUGGCGGACACCCAUCUCGCGCGGCUGAUUGGUCUCUUCGGCCAAGGGUGGUAUUGCCCAUUGAAAUGUGUGAUUGGCGUCGUCGCCUGACGCUGAACCACAGACUAGGUGUUAGCUUUUGGCAGGGUGGGGGCGGGGGGGGGGGGCAGUUGCGUGUGUUUUGCGGCGAAGGAAGGUGCUCCGUUACACGUCGCCUUGCCUUUUGAUGCUGGGGGGUGGCUAAGUUGGCUGUUACCUGGGUGCUCUUCGGUUUCUUUUUCCUUGGUGUACGGAAUGCGUCUGGCUUUGAUAGAGGCGUUUUGGUGAGGUGGGGGGAGGUGUCCUGCUAGUAUGCGGU